UUAUAUAGUUUAAGAUCUCUAUUUUUUUGAAGGCUGAGCAAUUUUCAUUAACAGUCACGAAAGACAGUACUGAGGGCUUAAAAUACACAUACUGCAAUGUUCUGUUAGUAUGUAGCUAGCUUGAUUUGUUUCUAUAGUUGGACCUUUAUGUUUUGAGUUUCUGUAUUAACCAAAACUUAAAGUCAUUUAGCAGGACAGGAUGCACUAGGGGCUGAGAGUCAGGCUUUAUUAUUAUUAAAAAAAAAAAAGUCUAACAUGUCGACUGUCCACUUAACGUUACCGCAGUGGGACGGAGGCUCACGAAAAAUCCGCUUCAUUUAUCUGGUGAAUCUUAGAUCGUUCCGGCUAACAGAGUGUCCCGACAAGGGUUCAGUAGUUCCUCUUUACUUAGGAGCGGAUGUCUUUUCCAACACCGACAUCCGUACAGAAAAUCAUCCAAGAUACCAUGCCAAGUUUGCCAAGAAAGGACUUGCUACAAAAAUACAUUUCUCCUCAGUUUUCAGGUUUCAUGGCUUAAGGGUACCAACCACAAACAACAGCCUCUGGUUCUACAGUGUUCAAGGGCUUUUUCGAAUAGCCUUUGAAAUGUACAGUAAGCAAGAGCAACUUGCUGUGCUUGAAAACUUUCAGGAUGUUUGGAAGUCACAGAUAAAUGCUGGCCCUUUGGAAAUGAGCUACAGCCUCAGUGUGCAGCUUGACCAUACAGCAUCCAGCUGUGUAUGUGAUACAGUACCUAGGAGUGAAACAUCACAGCCUCAGCAUUACACAGAUGGACAGGCUCUAGUGGAUGAAUCUGGGAGUGACCUAGGUGAUUCUUCAGUAGAUCACAAUUAUUGUUCUUUUCCCAAGCAAUGCCUACAAACUCAGCACGGCCAAAUAGUUUUAUCUGCAGCCCGACAAAAACUACAUAAAUUGGACAAUAAACUCUGCUCUGGGACUCAAAUCCAACCAGAGCAACUACAGACAAUCAUGUUGUUUUUAGAGAACAUCGAUCGGUUCAUUCAUGGCAACCUUGAAGAUAAGGAUGUGACAGACAUAGUGUUGGCACUACUUCAGGCCAAAGACUGGGGUUCUGUGUAUUCCAGCCCUUUGCUUAAUUGUAUUGGGCGCUGGCUUGGCCAACAGUUUCAUGCAGCCAACACCAGCAUCAGCCAGAAAGUGGAAGGUUUUAAACUUCACCACAUUGAGCGAAUCAGUGACUUGCCACCAGCUGAGGAACUGGCCACAGAACUUUUCCCAGAAGCCAUGCAGACGCUGUUGCUUCACUGGAUGGGCCUAAGUGAUGAAUCCACACUGGACAAGAGACGCAGCGAAUACCCGAUCCUGCUUCUUAUCCUUGAGUUUGCUAACCACAACCUGAUCACUGGUGUGGCUCAUGUGCUUUACUCCAGUCUGAUAUGUAAAUGACUGUCUCAUCAUAAGCAUUAGCAGAUAGCCAUGAUAUUUUACUGUUUGCAGCAUGUUAAUAAAUAGGUUAAUAUUGUUAAUGCUGUUGACUCUCUUUGGACAUUUAAUAAUCUGUUACAGUCCCUUUGCUUGUUAACCAAAGAGUAUAGCUAGAUGAGUUUGUGAAUAAAAAUCAUUUCUGAGCAAA